CAUGUUCCAUGUUCCAUGUUUCUGGCUGCAAGCGGGACGAGGUAACGUCCAACGAGGUAAGCAUUAAUACAUCACAAAAUAUUCCAAAUGAAUUAUUUUUUAUGAUAUUGCAAGAAACAAAUUCCUAAUCAUGCAUUCGGAUGGGACACAACAGAAGGCAAUUAAUACUUUGUCAUUUUCCAUUUAUUCAUUUUAAAUUGCUCAUAGAUUUGUUUUGUUUAAUGAAUCUAGUUGCAGGGAAAACAUUAGAAUCCGUUUACAGACCUAAUUUAAUCCGUGUGUCCAUCCUCCAAAACACAAAUAUUAAAUGUUCAGCCAGCAUGUCUGCAGAGGAUUAAGUUUGGAUUAAAUACUUCUACAUAAACCACAUUUAGCAAAAACAAAAGACGCCGUUACUAAAACGUGUGUAAGACUCAGCGGCUGAAAUUAAAAUGCUUAUAAUUGUUUUACACGCACAAAAACAUUCGAUUCUUCUAAAAAAUAGAAAACCGCAACGCUCGAUGGUGGCGUGCACGCGCAAACACCUGUUCCGUACCGAACAACAGGACAGAUGUUAUAUUCCACAACCCGCGUGGCCCACACAUCCGGGUCACGUGCAGGAAUGCGGCAGGUCCCGUGGGGUGGAUACCUGAGGGGGCGGAGCCUCAGGCGACAACUGUCCGACCUUUGCGCGCGGCGCGGCGGACCGAGGGACCGGAGGCCGGAAUGGCGACAGAAUUCUCUCAGGACGCGCUGCUGCGUUUCCUGCGGAGCCGCGGAGGCUCGGCCAAGAACUCGGACCUGCUUCUGCACUUCGGGAACUUCCUCCGGGGCCAUGUGGACCAGAACCGCAACCGGGAGCUCUUCAAGCAGUUCGUCAACUCCGUCGCCACCGUCCGACAGGAGGACGGCGUCUCGUACGUGUCCCUCAGGAAGAGGUUCAGGGGACAAGUCCCCGGCGGCGGCCAACGGGGCUCCGCCGAGCCGCGUCCGAGUCCACACGCCGCCGGGAGGCGCGCCGAGCCGCCCCCGGGGAACGCCGCGCCGAGCCCCGCCCGCAGCGCGCGGAAGCCGCUGCUAGAGGCGGAGAUGUUGCCCGCACCGGCGGCAGCAACUGCCGAGAAAACGAUCCUACCCGCGGCUGGGAUCCUGCUCAACAACAACAACAACAACAGCAGUGGGGCAACAAACAUGAACCCGGGACCGCGACAGCAGACCAGCACAGCCGGACCCGGUAGACCAGCAGCUCCGGUCAGUCCGAUCCCACAGAGAAGCGAGCAGCCGGCCCCAGGUCAGCGCCUGCGAGAGGGUCAGACCAGGGCGGGUCUGGGACCGCCUGCUGGGACCGCACCUGCACACCAGACAGCAAGGUCCCGCCGCCCCCCAAGAGGGAGGGAGGCCCGUCUGCAGACCGAGCGAGGCCUUCGUCAGGGGCCUCUUCCACACCUCGGCCUUCAGCCGCCGGGUCCCCCGCGGCGCAUGAGGUACAGACCCAGCUACAAAACCGCUGUGUCUUAUGAUGAUGAUGGUGAUGAUGGCGAGGGAGAGGAGGAGGAGGAGGAAGAACUGAGGCGGGGUUCAAUAGGAGGAAGGUGGGCCCCCGCCAACCCUCUUUCAGAUACACUACGACCAAUCUCCGCCUCCUCGCCGUCCAUCGUAGACCCUCAUGGCCUCCCCACUGUCUUCUCCUCUUCCUCAUCCUCCUCCUCAUCAGAGAGACGGAUCCUGAAGGUUUCAGUCCAGGGUCCGGAAACAAAGCCCCCCGGUGGGCCGGGCCGGAGCAUGCAGUCAGGGGUGUGGCCAAGUGGCCAAUGGGCCGGGCCAGAGCUGGAACCCGUGUCAGGUCCGGUGAGGACCACCGGCAGCCUGCCUUUGGAUGAGGAGCGCUACAUUCCAUCCUCGGCGCACUCGCACCACGUAGGUGUCCCGCCGGAGCCCAGGCAGGGGCGGGAUCAACGCCAGGGGGCGUGGCUGCCAUCCAGCCAGAGCGGCAUCUUCUCCCCCUCAUCGUACGAAAGCGCCUCCGGCCACCAGCGGUCAUUUGGCUCCCCCAAAGGACCAGGACUGAACCAUGAAGAUCCACCGGCCGGAGCAGGUGCGACUGUGGGCGGGUCUCAAAUCCAGGAAGCAACCCAGCCGGGCCAAGGGAAGGAGUCUGUGGAUCACUCCGCAGGCCAUCUCCAUGACGACCAGGAGGCCGCCGCUGGUUUGGUGCCAUUCCACGGCUCCUCCGACCGUCUCCACGCGAUACCGUGGCACCUCUCCACAGGUGAUCUCGACGACCGCCGCGAGGAGGCGGAGUCGAGCGAGGGCUCCACCUCUUCGCAGACGCGGCCGCGGCCGGCCGGCGCCAGGCGGCUCAGCAGCAGGAUGUGCCGCAGCCUGGGAACCGACCUGGACCAGCUGCUGCAGGAGGAGGCGAGGGUGGGGGGGGGAAGCGAGAUGGCUCGGCUGAACCGCCUCCACCUCAUCUCCUCCUCGCUCAGCCUGCGCUACGACCUUUCGUCCUCCUCCUCGCUGUCGUCCUGCUGCACGCCGCCGCGCUGCCCCAGCCCCGCCCACCCGGACGAGGGGGCGAAUGCGAGAGGGAGGAGUCCUCCCACCGCCUCCCCCCCUGCUCAACGCGAAGGCCCCAGUCGGCAGUCCCUGGUCCCCCUGGAGCCCAGGGAGCACGCGUGGAUGGUGAAGGGGGCGGCGGGCGCCUGGCCCGACAUCUACACCAUGUUCAGAGAGGACUCGUCCCUGCUCAACAAGCAGGACUUCAUCUCGGGCUUCACCGUGCUGCACUGGAUCGCAAAACACGGCGACCACCGAGUCCUCAACACCUUGUGGUACGGAGUCCAAAAGGCCGGUUUGAUGUUCGACAUCAACGCCAAGUCGACGUGCGGCCACACGCCUCUCCACGUCGCCGCCAUCCACAACAGCAAGAACGUCCUGCGUCUGCUGGUCACCAACUUCAACGCGGACGUCACGCUGAGGGACAUGGCGGGGAAGAAGCCCUGGCAGUACCUGGGUGGCGGCGCGCCGCCGGAUGUCCUCCAGCUGCUGGGAGCGCCGCCGCGGCCUGCCGGCGGGGGGGAAGCGAGAGGCGUCGGAGCGGAGGACCACGACCCGGUGCGGCCCCAGCGGCAGCGCCGGCGGCAUCACCUCUCCUUCGCGUCGCAGGGAGAGAGGCCGCCUGUCAUGACUGGCACAACGAGGGUCAAGAGGUCGUCAUCCAUUGCCGCGUUCCUCAAACACAAGUCGCUGCAGCGCUUCUACGGACACCAGGCUGACUCUUCGGUUUAAAGAUUCAACCGAUGGAGGAAGCAGCUUUUUCUUUCUCCUGAUUGGUCCACUUGACUGAACCAGGUUGGAGGCAGUCGGCCCUUUGAAGCAUUCGAUGGGGCUAAAACACAGAACGGGGUAAUUGGGGUCUCGCUGGCAUCUAAAGGUUUAUGUGCAUCCGUGUCUUUUCGUCCCGAUCACGGGAGGAAACCUGGCAUCGUAGCGUACGCGCUGUGACGUCCCUGGAUCGGGGAUCAGCGAGGUGACACGUUGCAACACGUCUCCUCUGAAACUCGAAUCCACAGUCGGGAGCUUUUUUGUCACAUGCACUUUGUUCCUGGUUCCUGGUUUGGGUCUGCGUGCCCCUGUGGGGGAUUAGCCGAGUCUACACGCUCUAACAAAUACUGUUGAACAAUAAAAACGGAUCCACCCGCUUCCAGACCUGUAACCUAAAGGACAGCGAGCACUAGUACCCGACGCACGGCCCAAAGACCCAUCGUUGGGUAUCAGCGUCUUUGAGCUCCGGUAUCGGUCUGAUUCUCCAACGAUACCGCGGCUUUUUCUGAACCUGUUUGACGUCUGUUAUUUGAUCCGUUUCCAAAGCUGCUGCUUGGGUUUGUUUCUAAAGGAAAGGAACUUACAGUGAAAUAACUCGUUAUAUGAAAUCUGUCAGAUAAAGCUGGUGGGGCCGUUUAGAAAAAGGUGGGUGCUUUUUUCCGUUGUACUCGCCUGCAGGCGUGAAGUCAAACGGUCUGACAAGUGGACGAACCGGAGGAGUGAGACGAAACAAACCUCCAGGUGAAAAUCGGAGGAAAGAAUUUGAGGUCAGGUGACUUUAGUAUGAUAACAAUGUAACAAUGUGUGUUUACAUGCUGUACGUAUUACGUUUGUCUUUCAGGUGCUUUUUUGCUUGCUAGAUCGGUGCCAUUUCUAUUAAACUAUGUUUCAUUUCCCUGACAUGCUGUGGCUCCCAUAUAGUGCCGGGAAAACCUGUUUAGGUAAAUACAAAAUGCAGUUUUCAAAUGAUUUAAUUUAUUAAAGGAAAUUAAAUAUCCAAACCAA